AUGGCCGACGGACUCGACGUUGACGCUAUGCUCGAUGGAGCGCUUGCCGGAAAUUCGUCGAACGGGGUAACCGGCGAAAAGGAGAACUCGGAGCAUGGAAGCACGAAGAAGAAUCGCUCAAGAUCGAGAUCCACUAGUCGUGACAGGAAGAAGCGAAGAGGCUCGCGGAGCCGCUCACGCACCCGCAGCCGUAGUCGAAGCCGGGAUCGACGCCGCUCGCGAAGCCGCAGCCGCGAUCGCAAACGGAGAAGAUCGCGCUCGAGAUCACGGGACAGACGCCGCAGUAGAAGCCGAGAUCGUCGCGAUCGCAGAAGGUCUCGAUCACCACCGUAUCGCCGUCGCUACAGUCCACCGCGUCGUCCAAGAGUCAUUGAUCAUCGCAGAUCGUCGCCAAGGCGGUCACCACCACGAGGACGUUUGCCGGGCCCUGAACGUCGUGAUGUGAUGCCAUUCAAUCCAAGAAACUCGCCACCAAAAGACGCGAACCUCGAUUUGACAGCGGAAGAACGUGAUCAGAGAACCAUUCUUAUUAUGCAAAUGGCGCGCGAUACCCGUCCACGAGAUCUCGAGGAAUUCUUUUCCGCCGUCGGAAGUGUCCGCGAUGUUCGAAUUAUCACAGACUCGCGAACUGGAAGAAGUAAAGGAAUAGCAUACGUCGAAUUCUGGGAUGAGGAUAGUGUUGCUCUCGCGCUUGCACUCAAUGGACAGCGCCUUCUUAAUGCGCCGCUAAUUAUUCAAAGAACAUGCGCCGAACGCAAUCGCGCUGCGAAUGCUUCAGUCGCUACCACAAUUGGAUUCGGAAUUCCGGCAAAUAAAGGACCAACGAGAAUGCUCGUUGACAAUCUUCAUCCGAAAAUCACCGAAAAGAUGCUCACAGAAGUUUUUGACUCGUUUGGAAGGAUUGAUCGAGUUGAGAUGGAACAUGAUGCGAAUGGAGACGGUGUUGGAUCAGCGGUCAUUGUGUUCCGAAACGCUGAAGAUGCCACUAAAGCAGUUGAACAGCUGAAUAACUUUGAACUUGCCAAAAAGUGCAUUCGAUUAAGUAUUCAAGAGCCGGAGAUAAAGCGAGAAGAAGCGUCGAUACAUCAGCGCAGUCUUGACGUCGUCGACAAUCAGCAAGGAUUUGCCCUUGGCGCUGGCGGCCGGCAGCAGUUGAUGGCGAAAUUGGCGCAAGGAACUGGCGGCGGAAUGGAAUUGACGGCGUCGGCACAAAUGGCCGCCAAUCAGGCGUCGGAGUCGACGAUUCCCGCCAUCGCUACACAGUGCUUCUUGUUGUCGAACAUGUUCAAUCCUGCGAAAGAGUCGGAGCCGAAUUGGGACAGCGAUAUACGCGAUGAUGUUAUUGAGCAGUGUCUUCAGCAUGGCGGAGCUCUUCAUGUUUUUGUCGACAAGGGAAGCGAACAGGGCAAUGUUUAUGUGAAAUGCCCAUCGAUUGCCAUUGCUCACAACGCGGUCUCAGCUCUUCAUGGAAGAUGGUUCUCCGGAAUGGUGAUUACUGCGAAUUAUGUGCCGGUGAACUCAUACCAUGAGCUCUUCCCAGAUGCCAUUCAUGCGCGCACAAUUCUCCAACCGAAAGGCGGUCCUGUUAUUCCAACGCCACCAAUUGCCAUUCCACCUGGCUAUGGUUAUGGAAUGAUGCCACCACCUCCGCCUUAUAACGGAUAUUAUUGA